AAUUAGAAUUUUAGGUAUUUUCUUACUUUUAAAAGAAAACUUCUAUAACUCCUUAGAGAAGUUUUAUUAUGAAUUCAUUGAACCUAGUAGACUUCAACAUUGAAGACCAGUUGAAUCAGUGUCGCUGUUGUCUCAGAACUUUGAUUGAUGAAAAUAAAUUUGUCAAAAUAUCGAAAUUGAUCGAGCAAAGAUUUUUUGACUUAACUCAAAUAGAACUUAUAGAGUCUAAAGAUUUCUCUAGCAAAAUAUGUCUACUUUGUAACAAUGAUUUGGAGGUAUUCAGUCAUUUUAGAAAAGAUCUGACUGACAAACAAAAGUUUUUAUACAAAACUUUGAAUGAAAAAGAACCUCAUCAAACGGAAGUGGAUAUAUUUAAUGAGAAUAGUUUUGAACUUAAACCAAACGUCGAUGAUUUCGUCGCUUGUAAUACCUCAAAUUUGUUGGAGGAAGAAAUUAAUUUUGAUAAUCAAAUCCAAAUAAAAUUAGAAGCAGAGGAAAUCGAAAAAAACAUCUCAAGUGAUCACUGUCAGAUUCAAAACUCUUAUAGUAAAACUAAAAAACGAGCGAAAAAUUUGAAGUGUUCUUCAAGCAAUGCAAAAUUGCAAAAUACUAAAAGUUCAAGUUCUGACAAAUCCGAGAAAUCCAAGAAGGAAAAGUGUAAACUUUGUAAUGUCAAAGUUAGAAAUCUGAACAGUCACAUCAAAGCAGUACAUUCAUUAUUAAACGACUUCAAAUGUGAUAUUUGCUCUUACGUUUCGUGUUUCAAAAUUGAAAUGGAGAAUCACAUGCUGAACCACAUAAAACAUGAGCCACAACUAUUUUACUGCGAGUUUUGUUCAAAAGAUUUUGGAAAACGUCAUUUGCUUAAUAGGCACAUCAAGCUUAAACAUAUGCAGAAAGAAAGACUUCAUCCUUGUCCUACAUGCAAUAAAUCAUUUUUCACCAUCUCAACAUUAAAAAAACAUAUCGAAUCACACCGCGACAAAGACAUGCCAUGUGAGUUUUGCGGGAAACUAUUCUCUUGUAUGAACAAUCUUCGUACUCAUCUAUAUUAUCAUUCUGAACCUAAAUUUGUGUGUACCUUUGAGGCAUGUGGAAAGAAAUUCUUUAUGAGGAAAUUAUUACGAGCUCACGUGAAUGUUCACCAAGGAAAGAAAGAUUUUACUUGUUCGUUUUGCGAAAAAAGUUAUUUUUUCCAAUCUCAUCUCAAACGUCACAUAAUAUCAGCACACAUGAAGCUUAAAAUCGACUGCGAAGUCCUUUCAUGUUCGUCUAGCUUUGCAAGGAAGGAAACUUAUCGGAAUCAUGUUCUACAGCAUCAUCAAAAUCUUGGAUCUCAAAGCCUAAACGCUCUUCUAACAAAAAUACGAAAUUUAAAAGUCGAAGAAUAUCGAUGUGUAGCUUAACUUUAAAGGUUCAAUUAUGAAUAAGAGAAUGAAAUAAAUAAUAUUUAUUAUUGUAAAGUAACAA